CGCCGCCUGGGCCAGACCGCUUCCUAUUAAAACCCCUUCUUCUCUUAACACACACACACAAGUCUCAAACAAAAUCUGAAUCAUCAUCAUAUCAUAGCUAAACAAAGAUAAAUUAAGAAGAAGAAUAUGGCUGCAUCAAUCACCGCAAUCACUGUGGAGAACCUUGAAUACCCAGCGGUGGUUACAUCUCCGGUCACCGGCAAAUCAUAUUUCCUCGGUGGCGCAGGGGAGAGAGGGUUGACAAUUGAAGGAAACUUCAUCAAGUUCACUGCCAUAGGUGUUUAUUUGGAAGAUAUAGCAGUGGCUUCACUAGCUGCCAAAUGGAAGGGUAAAACCUCUCAAGAGUUACUAGAUACCCUUGACUUUUACAGAGACAUCAUCUCAGGUCCCUUUGAAAAGUUAAUUAGAGGGUCAAAGAUUAGGGAAUUGAGUGGUCCUGAGUACUCAAGGAAGGUUAUGGAGAACUGUGUGGCACACUUGAAAUCAGUUGGAACUUAUGGAGAUGCAGAAGCUGAAGCUAUGCAAAAAUUUGCUGAAGCUUUCAAGCCUAUUAAUUUUCCACCUGGUGCCUCUGUUUUCUACAGGCAAUCACCUGAUGGAAUAUUAGGGCUUAGUUUCUCUCCUGAUACAAGUAUACCUGAAAAGGAGGCUGCACUUAUUGAGAACAAGGCAGUUUCAUCAGCAGUGUUGGAGACUAUGAUCGGCGAGCACGCUGUUUCCCCUGAUCUUAAGCGCUGUUUGGCUGCAAGAUUACCGGCGUUGUUGAACGAGGGUGCUUUCAAGAUUGGAAACUGAUCGAUCAUUAUACUCACUCCUAUAUCACUACAUUUCCAAAAGCUUGCAGCACAAGAAUGAGACCAUGUCACUUUUUUUAAGUCUAAACGUUUAAUUUUUUGUAUAUCUAUUUACCUUCUUAUUAGUAUCAAUAAUAUGAAAUGAAAGAUCUUCAUCAAUAAAAGUGAUUUGUUUUGUUUGUUCAAAUCAGAGUGAUAAAAUGUUGAUUUCAAUUCAUUCGAGUUGUUUAUUUCAUUUUCUUUGGAAACAGAGUAGGUUGUUAAAAUCAAUUUUGAAUUUCUUCCUUGAUCCUUU